AUGGGCUUCCUCGACCCAUGGGGUGACGGCACCUCCGUCGUGUCAGGCGGCCUCUCCCGGCCAUCCGCCUCCAAGCGUCACCGCUCCCGCUCCCGCCAGCCCACCGAGAAGAGGAAGAAGCGCUCCCGCAGCCGCUCCUCGUCGCGCCAUCGCAGCAGCAAGGGCCACUCGUACGGGCCCGGCGCCGCCCUCGGCGCCGGCCUCUCCAGCUUCUUUGGCAACAAUGACUCCCACUACCACAAGCACUCCAAGUCUAGCGCCAGCUUCUUUGGCCUCGGCGCCGACAGGAACGCCUCGCGCGGCAGCUUCUUUGGCUCCAGCAAACCGUCGUACUACAAACGCUCCUCCCGCCAUGGCUUCCUCCACAAGACGUACAAACACCUGAAGCGCCUCCUCCGGGACCUUACCCACUGGGCUAAGCGCCACCCCUGGAAGGUUCUCAUCAUGGUCCUCAUGCCCCUCGUCACCGGCGGCGCCCUGGCCGCCCUGCUCGCCCGCUUCGGCCUGCGCCUGUCCCCCGCCCUCGAGAGGCUGCUCGGCCUCGCCAGCAAGGCCGUCACCGGGGACGCCGGCGGCUUCAUGGGCGACGCCGUGCGCUUCGCGGGCGACUCCUUCUCCGGCGGCCAGACCAAGACCACCGUCCGGGUCAACGACGGCGGCAGGGCCACCACUGGCUGGGAGCAGUCCUACUCGAGCGGCAGUGGUGCGCUCAAUGGCACCAUUGCGGGCGUGGCCAAGAUGUUCAUCUAG